AUGAAUACUACUGACAUUGAUAUUAAUAUAACCUGUAAUGAGGGUAGAACACCUCUUCAUUAUUCAUGUCGUCAUGGAAAUAUUGAUCUCAGUCAAUAUCUCAUUGAAGUACAAGACAGUGACAUUAACAUAAUUGAUAAUAAGAAGUGGAAUGCAUUAACUCAUAGUGCUUGGAGUGGUAACAUUAAGCUAGUCCAAUACCUUACUAAUAAUUAUCAAUUGCCUCUAUUGUCGUUUGCAUUACUUCAAGCAGUACGCAGUUCAUUAGCUAAAUUAUUAGUUAAUGAAUAUAAACUAGAUCCUCAAGUUGAAGAUAAUGAAGGUAUGAAAGCAGUUCAUUGUGCAGCUCAAGUUGGUGCUAUUGAUGUCUUAGAGUAUUUAGUAAAAGAUUGUGGAUGUAAUUUGGAUAGAGUAGGUGGUUUACACAACAUGAAUGUGUUUCAUUAUUCUACAGUGAACGGUCAUUUUUCCUUUAUUAAAUAUAUUAUGAAUAUAUAUCCACAAUAUAAUAAUCUAUUAUAUUCUACUAAUGAUAAUGGUGCUCCACCAGUUCAUUAUGCCUGUGCUAGUGGGGUAACACAACUAGUGUCAUUUCUAAUUGAUGUAAUGAAAUGUGAUGUCACUACUGAAGAUAUAAAUGGCUAUACUUGUGUCACACGUGCAUGUUCCUCCGGCAAUGUUGAUAUUUUGAAAUUAUUAUUAAAACAAUACAACCUUAAUCCUAGAAUAUUUCGUGGAAUAUCAUCACUACAAGCUGCAGUGGCAUAUGGAUAUGUUCAUAUACUAGAAUGGCUCAAACAAGAGUACCAUAUCAAUAUAGUUACAUUUAUGAAAGGUGUGUUACCUUUUCUUGCUGCACAAUAUAACCGUUUAUAUUGUUUAAAGCAUUUAUUAAGCAAUUAUUCUUUUGAUAUUAAUGCCACUAAACCAAUUAACAGUACUCAAUAUACACUCCUUCACAUAGCAUGUCAGAAAGGACAUGUUGCUAUGGUUCUCUACCUCACUAGUUUUCCUCAGUGUGACGUAUCAGCUAAAACUUCAAACGGAUCAACAGUUCUUCAUUUAUCAUGUGAAAGUUGCUCUAUUCCUAUACUCAAACAUCUAGUGGAGGAGCAUCAGUUGGAUCUCACUAUUAAAGAUUUCAAUGGAAUGGCUCCAAUUCAUGUAGCCUGUGAAGAAGGAUCAUUGAGUAUAGUCAAGUACAUUAUAGACCAUUCACCAUUAUCUCUUGAUAUGACUGACUCUUUUGGACGUACUCCACUACUUAUUGCAGCUUUCUCUAAAAACUUUCCCAUCAUUCGUUACCUCAACAGUAAAAACUGCAACAUUUCUAUACUGGACGAUAAAGGGUUUAAUGUAAUACACAUAUUGGCAAAGGGAGUGUCUACUAUAGCAGCAGCUUACAAGUUUCUUAAUAUUGACAUUUAUUCAAUUAAUGAGAAGAGACUGACUCCAUUACACUUAGCAGCAGCUAAUGGUCACGUUAAUACAGUCAUGUCUCUCUUAUCAGUGACUACUGGUACUACAAAUCAUGACGAGCUCCUUGGAGCAGUGGAUGGUGAUGGUUGUUCUUGUCUUCAUUUAGCUUGUCAAAAUGGUCACUAUAGGAUGGUACUGUAUCUCUCUGAGGUGUAUCCAGCUAAUGUUUAUAGUUUCAAUAAUAAUGAGGAAGGAUUGCUUCAUGGAGCUGCUCAGAGUGGUAAUAAGGAUAUAAUUCAAUUCCUAGUGGAAUCACACGGUCUUGAUCCAGAGUCACAGGAUAAAGAUGGAGUGACAUGUCUACACAUAAUAGCAAAGCAAGGAGAUAAAGAGAUAUACGAGUAUCUUGUACCUCGUGUUAGGAAUAAUCCAACUCCUAAGAAUAAAGCUGGUCGGUCUCCACUUCAUUACGCUAGCAGACAUUAUGACAUGUCAGUGUAUCUGAUUCAAUCUUUUAAUAUUCAUCCUGAAGACAAAGACAGUAAUGGAUUCACUGGUGUUCAUGCUGCCUGUCAAGCUGGUAACAUGCGACUGAAACACAUGACUCUAAAGGUCUGUUGUAUUUUGCAUGCUUGA